AUGGAACCCAUGUUAUGUGCCUACAUUAUAACCCAAAUAAGAAGUAAGAUUGCAAAUGGUUUGGGCAAAGGAGAAGAUGGAGUGGAUCUUCCGAAGGCGUACGGAAUGAAUAGGCUGAGUUGGGACUCAGAGUUGGCUACAUUAGCCCAAGUUUGGGCUCAUCAGUGCAUAUUAAGUCUAGAUCUUUGCCGUUCAACCAGAAGAUUUCCAACUGCCGGUCAAGUGGUUGGCAUGAGUCGUUAUACUGUAGACACUUGGACGCCUAUAUCUCCAGAUGCUGCUCGUGCCUUCAAUUCCACGACCCUCACUCCUGAUAAGGUCAGAUACGCCGUCACAUAUAUAUUGAAAGCCUGGUAUGAGACCAAAGAUGACGUGUUACCAGAUGUUAUAAACUAUUUCGAUAUUAAGAGCUAUGCAAGGCAUAAUCAGUUUGUCCAACUAGUGAGUGGUCCCAGCACGCAUGUAGGUUGCGGAAUAUCCGCAUACAGGGAAUAUGCCUACAACAAUAACAACGCCGCUCUAAACUAUAAUUCGAUACAACUAGUUUGCAACUUUUCACAUCAACCUCGAGUGGAUGAGUCCGUGUAUCAGAUAAAGCCGCCUACGGAACCCGGGUAUACAGUGAAAUGCGGAUGUCCGCUGGGAUUUGAUGAGGAUGAAGAUUGUUUGUGCUAUGAAUCCGAACGGGAAUUGCCUUAUUCCUGUAAAACAAGUGGUAGAUGCAAACCGUCUGUGGUUGUUUUACCUAUUUUCACAGUAGAAGAUGCGCCCAUUACGGGGCAAAAUAAAAGUUCACAAAUCAUACCAAAUGUAGUUCCUGACGACGUGAUAAAGAGAGUUUCUGGAGAUCGUCAUAUAAGACCUGUUCGUCCAUCCAAGCAUCAAAAUUUGGGUCACAAUAGACCAAAAGAAAUGGAACUCUACAUGCCUAACAGAGCUAGAUUCUUACACGGAUUUUAG